AUGCCUCGCGUCGCUCAGAUCCAGCGUGUCAGCAGCAGCAGGAGUAAUAGCAGGGUGCCCUCUGGCACGCAGUCGCCCUUCAAAUCGCCCAUCAAGAUCCCGCUCAACGACGAUGCGCAGGAGAAAGCACAGCGUCUGCACUCGCGGCAGGCGCUGCACGAGGCCCAGAUCAACCAGCUAAAGGCGGCCGCGACGCCCACCGCACGCAAAGUCAGCUCCCGCUUCGAAGACGUCGAGAAUGCGUCGCCCGGCUCCAACCCGCGGACGCCUCGCUCCGGCAGGCCGAGCGCCCGCGACCUCGCCAGAGUCGCCGCGGAAGAGGACGACCUCGUCGUCGGUGGCAGCGCUGUCACGCCGAUGAAGCGCGUCCCCAUCCUCGCCAACUUUGAGGAGUGGAUGAAGAUGGCCACCGACAACAAGAUCAAUGCGACCAACUCGUGGAACUUUGCGCUCAUCGACUACUUCCACGACAUGUCACUGCUCAAGGAGGGCGACGGCGUCAACUUCCAAAAGGCCAGCUGCACCCUCGACGGCUGCGUCAAGAUUUACACCAGCAGAGUCGACAGUGUGGCCACCGAGACUGGUAAGCUGCUGAGCGGCUUGGCCGACAGCCGGGACAGCAAAAAGAAAGGGCAAGAGGGCGAGGAGGGCGAGGACAGCGAGGAAGAGCUGGACGAGGAUGGCAAUGUCAAGAAGAAGCCCAAGAAGAAGGCAAAAGCCACUCUGGCGCCAUCCUUUGCCUCAUUACAGCUGAAGAAGUUUGAGCUCGAGUUUGCCGUCGACCCGCUCUUCAAGAAGGCUUCGGCCGACUUUGACGAGGGCGGCGCAAAAGGCCUGCUUCUGAACCACCUCAUGAUUGACAACCAGGGGCGCAUCGUCUUUGACAGCAGCGACGACUCGGCAGAUGUGGCUAAGCCGAGGAAAAGUGAAAUCGCCGAGUUGGACGAGGAUGCCGAGGACGAGGAAGAGAAGGACGAGUCCACAGUACUCGAAGAGAAGCCAGAGGAGCCAGAGGAAGAGGACGUGCCGAUCGACAUCGUCUCAUUAGGCGCUCGCUUCUUCCCCGACCUCUCCCGCCUAGAGGAGCUCGACGUCUGCCCGUCACUCAAGACCUUUGACCUCGGCGACCCGUCCGGGUCCAUGGACAUCCCCUUCCUGCGCGCUCCCGAGGACUGGCGCCAGGAUGACAAGGACAAGGAGGGCGGCCCCAGCGACAAGUCGGGCAUGUACAUCGACGAGGACAACCCGCUCGGCUUCGACGACACGGACGGUCUCGGCGCCUUUGAUCUGGGCCCCGGCGACGUCAAUUUUGGCGAGGGCGGCGAGGCGUGGGCUCGCGAGGCCGCAUUGGAGCCGCAGAUGCGCGUCUUUGACGCCGGCGAGGGCGGCGUCGACGACGUCGACAUGCUCGACAACGUCAACAACGGCACCGAAUUCAUGGUGUCGAUGACGCACGCCCAAAAGGCCGACAAGAUGCACGAGGAUAUCCUCAGCUAUUUCGACCAGGCGCUGCAGAAGAACUGGACCAGCGCCGAGCACUGGCGCAUCCGCAAGAUCAAGGACGUCAACGCCAAGGGGGCUGUGGCGGGCACGCGGACGCGCAAGGAGAAGGAGCCCUUCGAGAUCGACUUUGCCUCGCCGCUCGACCCGGCGCUCGCCGAGGCCCUCUACACGCAGGCCUCGAGCAACUCGGCCAUCUCGCUGCCCAAGAAGGACUGGAAGGCCAAGUCGCGCAACCUGCUGCCCGACGACAAGCACUUCAACUCGAAGCAGCUGCUGUCCCUCUUCCUCAAGCCCAAGGCCCGCCUCAACCGCCGCCGCCUGGGAGGCGGUGGCGGGGGCAUCCGCGGCUUCAACGGCGGCGCCGACGGCGGCCAGGCCGACGUGCCGGCCGGCGAGAUGGACGAGGCCUUCUGGGCCUCGCAGAAGGCCCCGCUGGUCCAGUCCACCGAGGGCGGCAGCGGCGCGGGCGCGGGCGCGGGCGGCGACGACACGGCCAUGCCGGGCGGCGGCGGCGACUACGACGCCAACUUCUUCGCCGACGACGGCCUGCCCUUCGCGGCGGGCGGCGGCAUGGACGACGACGACGACAUGGACGAGUUUGCCGACGCGCGGGAGCACUUCUCCCCCGGCGCCAUGGGCGGGCCGGACGGCCUCGGCCUCGGCAUGGGAGGCGGCCUGCUCCCGGACCUCGGCGGCGGCGCGACGACCAUGGGCGCCUUUGGCGGCCUCACCGUGACCAACCCGGCCGACCUCGCGUUCGGGACCAUGCUCGUCACCCAGAGCCGGCGCGUGCGGCCCGAGUACGUGCAGUACGCGCGCGUGGCCAAGAAGGUCGACGUGCGCCGGCUCAAGGAGGAGAUGUGGAAGGGUAUGGGCUUUGAGCAGCUCGAGAGCGACUCGCAGCGGUCAAGACUGCCCACGCCGCCCGAGGCGUCCGAGUCGGCGUCCAAGGACAACCCGACGCUGCGCUUCACCGAGGUCAUGAACAACCUGCAGACCGUCUACUCGCGGCCGGCCAUGGACGACCUGUCGACGAGCUACUGCUUCAUCUCGCUGCUGCACCUGGCCAACGAGAAGGGCCUCGUCAUCGAAAAGACGCCCGAGCUCACCGAGCUGUCCAUCCGCAAGGACUGGACGGCCGAGAUCGCCGUGGGCGGCGAAAAACGCCCUGUUCAUGGCUUGAGCAUGAGCAUCAGCAUCGUAAUUGCCGACCGAGCAACUCUGGCCGGUAUACAACCUCAGACGUCACCUCAGCAGUCGAGAUACACUGCCAAACGAGCGGCGUUGACACCUCCGUCGCGCGAAGGAUCUGAUUACUUCGCUAUUGGACUACCACAACCACAAGGUCACUCAGCUCUUCCUCUCCGUCUGGGAGCUAUCAGCCUGGUCCGACUUGGGUUCGCCCCCAUCAUCCUCGUCGAGAGCCAAGGCAUCGACGCCCAAAGCCUCCAGCAUGCUGUCGAGCUUGCUCUCGAGCUUUGCCAGGUCCGCCUCGAGGGCGUCUGCGGUCUGCUCGCCCCUGCUCGUUCAACGGUAGUCAGCUUCGUGGCGAUAUUAUCAGGCGAUAAAACGGCCACAAGGACGCAGGUUUGGGAAUGGACCGGUCAACGGCGCAGGCGUGAUAGAGUCACCCGUUUCAGUCUAGAGGCCGUUGGUCGCUCUGCCACUAUUUGCCUAGCUCGCUCUAAUGCAGGAGGGGAGAUUGAAAAAAGGACAUGGGACAGCCGUUUCGUGCAACAGCUCUGUUGCUUUCCUGGAUGA